AUGUCAGGAUACAGUGCUCUUUUGUAUCUGAGUAAGCAACCCGUGUCGAGAGAUAUGGUUAAAUUUUUGGUCUCUAGCACAGAGGCAAUUAUCCCAAAUAUCCAACAAUCUGGGAGUCUUGCUAUUCCUAGUCUGACAAGUUUCAUAUGCGACGUCGUGAAGUACUCUAAGGUGAAAACGCCUACUCUUAUGGCAUCUACGGUAUUUUUAAAUAGACUUAGAUGUAUAAUACCGGGCUAUGUGGAAGGUAUUGCGACAGCGACACAUAGGCUGUUCUUAGGGUGUCUAAUAUUGGCUUCUAAGACUUUGAACGAUUCAUCGCCUUUCAAUAAGCAUUGGGAAAAAUACUGUCGGGGUCUGUUAUCAUUAAUGGAAAUAAAUACAAUUGAACGUGAAUUAUUGGAAUAUAUGAGUUGGAACGUCAGAAUUUCAACAGAAGACUUAAUCGACUCUCUAUCUCCAUUGCUGCAACCGAUUCAAGAGAUGCUUACGCUACAUGACCAACAUCCUGAUUCUCAAAUAAAAAAGUCAAAACUUUUAUCAAAUGUGACAAUAUCACAGCAGAAACUACAGAAGGUCAAACCAUCUUCUACUUAUUUGUCUUCAAACUAUUCUAUCCCUUCUCUAAGUUCAAGCGUCACAUUUUCCAGUGCCGGAUCAUCAGAAGCUGCUGUAGCAGAGGUUAAAAAGUUGCAGACUGAAACCUCGAACUCUAAAGUUACAAAUAAACAAAAACAAAAAUAA